UUUCAUCCAAUGUCUAAAACCUAGAGCCGCACUUAUAUAUAUAAAAAUUAUCAAUAUCAAUAUGACCUAUCUAUCUAUCACUAAGCAAUAGCCACAGUGAGUGUGCGACGCAUCGAUUAGGGAAAAGAAGACACAACAUUUUUCACAUAAAAAACGAAUUUCACCCACCCACCCAUCACCACCCUCUAAUAGACCCAGCAAAAUACUGACCUCCCUGCGUAAACUUCCCCCACUCCUAUUAUUAAGAAUGACAUUUCCUUGAACAGCGUGGGGAGGUGCAGAGUCAUCAGUCAUAGCAUGUAUAUCAUAUACGAAACUCUAUUUUAGAAUACUCUCAUGGAAGUGCUUCCUUGUUCUGGUGUUCAAUAUGCUGGGGAAUCUGAUUGCCCUCAACAGAGUUCAGGAACAGCUUUUGUAUAUCAGGAAGAACCUAAUUUCCCUGAAAAUAGUGAACAAGUCAAAUUGGCAGCUUCUCAACUGAAUGAAUCAUCACAUAAGAUGCCCUUGCAUCAGAUAGAAAGGGAAGGUGAUUUAUCAACUAAUUCAGAUUGCCAAUACAUUGGAGCUUCAUCUUGUGACUGUCAAGUGGAUGACCAUAAUGAAUAUUGUGGUUUCCAUGAUUUUGAAGAAGACAUGAUAAAUGAAGCUUGCUUGACAUCUGAUAACUCUAUCGCUAUUGUGGAUACAAUUGAGAGUGAAUCACCAAACAACAGUAGGGAUGGAGAUUGGUCUUGUGCCGAACCCAAGUGGCUAGAGGGGGAUGGAUCUAUAGCACUAUGGGUCAAGUGGAGAGGGAAGGGGCAGGCCGGUAUCCGGUGUGCAAGGGCUGACUGGCCAUUAUCAACUUUGAAAGCAAAACCAACUCAUGGUCGAAAGAAAUAUUUUGUUAUAUUUUUUCCAAACACAAGGAUUUAUUCUUGGGCAGACAUGCUACUUGUUAGAUCAAUUGAUGAGUUUCCCCAUCCUAUUGCAUACAAGACUCAUCAGGUGGGAUUGAAACUGGUAAAAGACUUAACUGUUGCACGGCGGUUUAUAAUGCAAAAGCUAGUUGUUGGCAUGCUGAACAUGGUGGAUCAGUUUCAUUUCAAUGCUUUGACAGAAACUGCACGUGAUGUGAAGGUCUGGAAGGAAUUUGCCAUGGAGGCUUCUCAUUAUAAUGGUUAUUCUGAUUUUGGAAGAAUGCUUCUAAAGCUGCAUAAUAGCAUACUGCAGCACCAUAUAAAUGCUGACUGGUUACAGCAUUCUUAUCCGUCUUGGGUUGAAAGAUGUCAGAGUGCAAAUAGCGCUGAAUCAGUAGAGCUGCUGAAGGAGGAAUUGUUUGAUUCUAUUUUGUGGAAUGGUGUCAAUACUCUCUGGGACGCACCAGUGCAACCAACAUUAGGUUCCGAAUGGAAAACCUGGAAGCAUGAUGUAAUGAAAUGGUUUUCAACACCACCUUCCUUAUUGAUCAGCAAAGACAUCCAGCAACAAAGUUCUGAUGAUUUGUACCAAGCAAACCUUCAAGUUUGUAGAAAAAGGGCCAAACUUGAAGUUCGUCGUGCAGAUACACAUUCUUCACAAGUGGAAAUCAAGGCUCAAACUAUUGCUCUUGACACCGACCCUGACUUUUUUAAGAAUCAGGAAACUUUGAGCACAUUAGCAACUGAGCCUUGCAAACAGGAAGGUGUUAGGGAGGUGUCUAUGGCAACUGAUUCACCUGGUAAUUUGGAAAAUAAAUGGAAUGAAUUUGUAGUGGAGGCUGCUGAUUCUGAUUUCUUACAUGCCAAAGAGAUUGAAUCAACACCUACAAAUGGAAUGAAUGUUGCAAAAUCUGUAGAACCUGGUAGUAAGAAUCGACAAUGCAUAGCUUAUAUUGAAGCAAAGGGAAGACAGUGUGUGAGAUGGGCAAAUGACGGUGAUGUAUACUGUUGUGUACAUCUAUCCUCCCGAUUUUUGGGCAGCUCAGCAAAAUCUGAAAAGCCUGUUCCAGUUGAUACCCCUAUGUGUGAAGGUACAACUGUUCUGGGUACUAGAUGUAAGCAUCGUGCCCUACCUGGCUCUUUAUUCUGUAAGAAACACCGGCCACAUGCUGAAUCAGAACAUAUCUCUAAUUUACACCAGAAUACAUUAAAGAGGAAACAUGAAGAAAAUUAUACCGGUUCAGAGGACACAUUCUGCAAAGAUUUGGUAUUGGUAAAUGUUGAAAGUCCACUGCAAGUGGAUCCAGUGUCAUCCAUUGGUGGUGAUUCCUUGCAUGGAGAAAGCAACUUUAAUGAGAAGCCUAUGCAUUCUGAAAAUGAUCGUAAUGCAAUGGAGUCACUGCACUGUAUAGGCUCUCCUCCCUAUGAUAACAAGAAUCCUUGUAGGGAAGGCCCCAAACGGUAUUGCUUGUACUGUGAAAGACACCUUCCAAGCUGGCUUAAACGUGCAAGAAAUGGGAAGAGUAGAAUAGUAUCAAAGGAAGUGUUCACAGAACUUUUGAGGGACUGCAGCUCAUGGGAGCAAAAGGUAUAUUUGCAUAAAGCAUGUGAACUUUUUUACAGGCUAUUCAAAAGCAUUUUAUCAUUAAGAAACCCUGUUCCUAAGAAUGUCCAGUUCCAGUGGGCUUUGACUGAAGCCUCUAAAGAUUCUAGUGUAGGAGAGUUUUUUACAAAAUUAGUUCAUAGUGAAAAAUCGAGGAUCAAAUUGAUAUGGGGAUUCAAUGAUGACAUGGAUAUAUCCUCUUUCAUGGAAGAACCACCUCUCUUGCCAUCCACAAUUAAUGAUAACUAUGAUAAGGAAAAUUCCAUCAAGUGUAAGAUAUGCUCCGCAGAAUUUCCAGAUGACCAAGCACUUGGUAACCACUGGAUGGACAGUCAUAAAAAGGAAGCACAAUGGCUGUUUAGGGGCUAUGCCUGUGCUAUUUGCCUGGAUUCAUUUACUAACAAGAAAAUGUUGGAAACCCAUGUUCAGGAGAGACACCAUGUGCAAUUUGUUGAACAAUGCAUGCUUCUUCAAUGCAUUCCUUGUGGGAGUCAUUUUGGAAAUACUGAGCAAUUAUGGCAGCAUGUUUUAUCAGUUCAUCCAGUUGAUUUUAAACCAUCAAAAGCUCCUGAGCAAAAAACUUUCUCUACUGGCGAAGAUUCUCCAGUAAAACAUGAUCAGGGAAAUUCAGCCACGUUGGAGAAUAAUUCUGAGAAUACUGGUGGUUUACGAAAAUUUAUUUGCAGGUUUUGUGGGUUGAAAUUUGACUUACUACCUGACCUGGGUCGACAUCACCAAGCUGCUCAUAUGGGUCCUAAUUUGGCCAGCAGUCGCCCUGUAAAGAGGGGAGUUCGCUAUUAUCCAUAUAGAUUAAAAUCUGGCAGACUAAGCCGCCCUAGAUUUAAAAAAAGUUUGACAGCAGCAUCAUACAAGCUUAGAAAUAAGGCUAAUGCUAAUUUAAAGCGAUCCAUUCAGGCAACAAACUCACUUGGAACUGGAGGAAUAACCAUACAACCUGAUGUUACUGAAACAACAAACAUAGGUAGAUUGGAAGAAAAUCAAUGCUCAGCUGUUUCAAAGAUUUUGUUUUCAGAGAUUCAGAAGACGAAACAGAGGCCUAACAAUCUUGAUAUUUUAUCAAUUGCUCGCUCUGCUUGCUGCAAAGUUAGUCUUGUAGCCUCACUGGAGGAGAAAUAUGGAAUUCUGCCUGAAAAGCUCUAUUUGAAGGCAGCAAAACUUUGCAGUGAGCAUAGUAUUUUGGUAAAUUGGCACCAUGAGGGGUUUAUUUGUCCUAGAGGUUGUAAGGUGUCAAAGGAUCAAGCUCUGCUAUCUCCUUUAGCAUCUCUUCCUAAUAGUUCUGUGAUGCCCAAGUCUGUGAAUUUAUCUGAUCUUGCAAGUGAUGAGUGGGAGGUGGAUGAAUUUCACUGCAUCAUCAAUUCUCGUACUUUAAAAUUAGGUUCACUGCAAAAAGAUGUUAUCUUGUGUGAUGACAUUAGCUUUGGAAAGGAAUCAGUUCCAGUGACUUGUGUAGUAGAUCAAGAACUUGUGCAUUCUCUUCAUAUGAAUGGGUGUAAUGGACAAAAUACAAACUCUUCUAUGCCUUGGGAGACCUUUACCUAUGUUACGAAGUCAAUGCUUGAUCAAUCCCUUAGUCUGGAUUCGGAGAGUCUGCAAUUGGGAUGUGCCUGCUCUUACUCUACCUGUUGUCCUGAAACUUGUGAUCAUGUAUACCUUUUUGGCAAUGACUAUGAUGAUGCAAAAGACAUAUUUGGGAAACCAAUGCGUGGAAGGUUCCCAUAUGAUGAGAAUGGUCGAAUAAUCUUGGAGGAAGGCUAUCUUGUCUAUGAGUGUAACCAUAUGUGCAGAUGCAAUAAAUCCUGUCGAAACAGAGUAUUGCAGAAUGGAGUCCGAGUCAAAUUGGAAGUCUUUAAAACAGAGAAAAAGGGAUGGGCAGUAAGGGCCGGUGAAGCUAUUCUACGUGGCACAUUUGUGUGUGAAUACAUUGGAGAAGUUUUAGAUAUGCAGGAGGCACGUGAUAGGCACAAGAGAUAUGGCACAGAGCAUUGCAGUUAUUUCUACAACAUCGAUGCUCGUGUUAAUGAUAUGAGCAGAUUGAUUGAAGGACAGGCUCAGUAUGUAAUUGAUGCUACUAAGUUUGGAAAUGUCUCAAGAUUCAUUAAUCAUAGCUGCUCACCAAAUCUCGCCAAUCACCAAGUUCUCGUGGACAGCAUGGAUUGUGAACGUGCACAUAUUGGUCUUUAUGCAAGUCGGGAUAUUGCUUUGGGUGAAGAGCUGACAUAUGACUUCCACUACGAGCUUGUGCCUGGAGAAGGAUCUCCCUGUCUUUGCGAAUCCUUGAAGUGUAGGGGACGCCUUUAUUAGAACCCCAAUCUGUGUUUAGUUGCAAUGAUAUUUUCAUGUCAAUUCGGCCCCCAAAUGACCUUCUCAACAUUAAAAGAUUCCAAUUGGAACGUCCAACUCUGAAGGAUUCUAUUAGUCUUGAUGUCUUCUAAAAGAUGAGAACAAAUCAUUCACCUGAGGCAGGCUACUUGUAAAGGGAAUCAGCUAUAAUUUACUGUCUCUCUCUGGUAAAUCUCACAGGAUUGAAAUUGUUUGCCUUGUACAAUCUGCCUCCAUCACCCGCUGGUAGAGUAGGCUUGUUUUUUGCAGCAUAGUGCACAGUUGUUCUCCUUUCUCUUAGUGCACAAUUUUUCGCCAAUUGAGUGCCUCAUGUCAUGAAAUAAUUCGUCAAUCCCUCUCCUUUUCUCCCACCUCCCACCAUGGAAAGAAAGCACCAAAAGAAGUCCAGCAAAAAAAUAUCUACUGUCAAAGCUGUCUGGAAUGCCAAUUGUUCGGAUUUUCGUCAAUUCAUUUUUUUUCCACGUCAUCAUGUAUGGUUCUCAAUUUCUUUCAACUGUUUCGGGAAUGUAAAUAUGUUCAAUGUUUUAGCUUAUUCGCUCCUCCUUUUCUUUGCCAAAUAACUUAUUCAUAAAAUUGGCUACCACGUAAAUUGUGUCAUUUAAAGACGAGUUCUGCAUUUGCUCAUUUUUAUUUAAACCAGUCAGUACCUUUUAUAA